AUGCUCUCUCAGAUCUAUGUCUUCCAUACAAUGAUGGACUUCAGCAAGCGUCCCUCUAAGGAGCUCUUUGAGGACACUGUAGUUAUGACUCCAAUAUACCAGCACAUCUUGGCCUUAGAAUUUGCCAUCAAGGAGAUCAACAGAAAUCUUCAUCUUUUACCUAAUCACACCCUCGGUUUUCAGAUUUAUAAUACCUACUUCAUGACAAGUUGGACCUAUCGGGCCUCACUGGAGCUUUUCUCUACAAAGGGCCAGUUCAUCCCUAACUACAACUGUGAUACACAGCACAGACCAAUAGCAAUCCUUGGAGGACCUACCACUGAGGUGUGCCUACACAUGGCUACCAUCCUAUCCCUCUAUAAGAUGCCACAGAUAAUGUAUGGUUCCACCAUCGAAACUGGUAUGAAAAAAGAGGCUGUUUUAUAUCAACAAAUGUUCCCAAGUAUGGACCAUCAGUAUAAGGGAAUUUUUCUAUUACUGCUCCAUUUCAGAUGGACAUGGAUUGGGAUCUUGUCUCUGAAAAAUGACAGUGGUGAGAAGUUUAUACAAGAUCUGGUUCCCAUGCUAGCCCAGAAGGGGAUCUGCUCAGACUUCAUUGAAACAUUUCCAAUCAUUGAUGACUCAAGUAGCAUUGCUGAGUUGGUGGAAAUGGGACUUGAAAUGUACAUGGUGGUUAUGAAAAGCACAGUUAAUAUAGUACUGGUUCAUGGUGAAAUUUAUGGAAUUAUAGUUCUGAGACUUCUUUCCACUAAUUUGAAAUCUGAAGAUGUAUCAUUAUGGAGAAAGAGUAAAAUCUGGGUGAUGACCGCUGAGAUGGAUUUCACCUCACUUCCCUUUCUAAGGAAUAGUGACCUAGUCUUCCUCCAUGGUGCUCUGUCUUUUGCAAUUCACACAGAGAAGGUGUCAGGAUUCCAGAAAUUUGUUCAGAUGAAGGACCCUAUCUUGGAAAAAGAAGAUACUUUUAUCAAGCUCUUCUGGGAAAGUGCCUUUGAAUGUUCCUUCUCCAUCUCUGAAGUGGAGGAAGAAAAUGUGAUUCCCUGCACUGGAAAGGAGAAACUGUUAGCUCUUCCUACAUCUGUGUUUGAAAUGGACAUGACUGGGCAUAGCUACAGCAUCUACGAUGCCAUCCAUGUUGUGGCAUAUGCUUUGCAUGACUUCCAUUCAUCAAUGCUGCAAUACAGAGCUAGAGGGCACGAGGCCAAAUUGGAACUUCUGGAUCAAAAGUUGUGGAAGGUCCAACCUUUAUCUUUGUGCAAUAGCAAGUGCCAUUCAGGUUAUACUAGAAGCAAGAUAGAAGGGAAGCCAUUUUGUUGCUAUGAUUGUCUCCGAUGUCCACAUGGGAAGAUUUCCAACCAAAUAGAUAUGGAUGAUUGUUUUCCAUGUCCAAAAGCUCAGUAUGCAAAUGUGAACCAGGAUUUGUGCCUUUCAAAGAUUGCAACAUUUUUAAUGUACGAAGAAAUUCUGGGGAGCAUUUUGGCCAGUUCUGCUGUUUUUUUUUCUUUGGUCACAUCUGGAAUUCUUUGGAUCUUUAUUAAGCAUCAGGAUACUCCCAUAGUCAAAGCCAACAACCGGAAUCUCACCUAUGCUCUCCUUAUUGCUCUCCUCUUGUCUUUUCUUUCUAGUUUAUUAUUCCUUGGAAAACCUGAUAAGGUGACAUGUCUCCUUCGCCAAACUACUUUUGGUAUCAUCUUCUCUGUGGCCAUUUCUUGUGUAUUGGCCAAAACUGUCAUUGUGAUUUUGGCAUUCAUGGCCACUAAGCCUGGGUCUAAGAUGACCAGAUGGGUGGGGAGAAGAGUAGCAGUGUCUAUCCUUUUGUGCUGCACCUUGCUUCAAGGAUUUAUUUGCACUAUAUGGCUGACAAUCUCUCCCCCAUUCCCAGAUGCUGACACAAGUUCAGGGUCAGAAGAAAUCUUUCUGGAGUGUAAUGAAGGAUCAGUCUACAUGUUCUACUGUGUCUUGGGCUACAUGGGUUUCCUUGCCAUUAUUAGUUUUACAGUGGCAUUCCUGGCAAGGAAAUUGCCUGAUGCUUUCAAUGAAGCCAAGUUUAUUACCUUUAGUAUGUUGGUCUUCUGCAGUGUCUGGUUAUCCUUUGUUCCAACAUACCUGAGCACCAAAGGAAAAUACAUGGUUGCUGUGGAGAUCUUCUCCAUUAUAGCUUCCAGUGUUGGAUUAUUAGUUUGCAUUUUUUUCCCUAAGUGCUACAUCAUUGUCCUGAAGCCUUCUCUCAACAACAAAGAACAGCUAAGAAGACAAACCCACAUAAAAACAUAA